UUAUAUGCAUAGAAUGCUACGAGGCGUUCAGGAAGAACAGCAGCAUAUGAAAGCUUCACCUUCAGGCAGAGAACUUUGAUAGUACCUUUUAUACUGUUUAGUUAGACUUUGUUGUUCUUGCCAGCUGCCAUCAAACAAACUUAAAAUGCCAUCGAUGGGUCCUUCAUUCUUUUUCCUGGGUUUGGUCAUGGCUUCUGUCACAGCAAAUGAGACAUCAACAACAAUGACAGGGUCUUCCCCAAGCUCACGGGAAUUUACCACUCCAGUCUAUUUGAACAAUGAUGCUCCCUUUUCUGCAACUCCCUCCCUCAACACCAAGGACAACACCAACACCACCAGCAAUAUCACCAACAUCACGAGUAUCUCCACAACCACCAGUUCCAUGGUCAUCAGCAACAUCAAUGGCACCAUCAUACCCUUAACAACAAAGGACAAAGGAAAUGCCAGUUCCCAAAGUAGUACAGCGAAGAUUACCUCAACUACACUUAAAUCCACUCGAACUUCAAAACGUCCAACAUCGACCACCAAAAAACAAGGCCCGGGCGCAGGCUCCACUGCUGGGACAAGCGACAGCACGGGUAUUAUCAUCCUGGUUGUGAUCAUCCUUGUGGCUCUUGCGUUUGGAAUUGCCUGCUACAUUGCACGGAAGAGAGGAAGGCGCUACUCUGUCGACUUCACGUCCAGACCGGAUGAAGCCAACAUCCCUCUCAGCACCGUGGAGCCUGAGCUGCCUGUUGAUGCUGGGCCUCAGAACGGUAUGAAAACCUUUGAGCCUGAAGAAGUUGCUACAAAAGAACCUCAAGAACCAGAGGAAAAACCUGCAGUGCAGGAGGAGCAGAAAGCUGAGGCUGAGAAACUUCUUGUCGAAGCCAGCGCUGAGUCUGCAGCUCCAGUGCCACCCCCAGACAGCUCUGAGGACCAACCCAAGGAGGACGUCGUUGAGCAGAGUCCUCCCGCGCCGGAGCCGAGCGUGGAGGAGAAAACUGAUGACGAAGGCGUCGUCUCCAACAAGACCUCGGUGGAAUCGCUGAAGGAGACAAAUGAGAACAACAGCAACAAUGCGCACUUCAGUCAGUGGAGAGAUUUGAAUUCGAACCUCUUCUGGGACGUUCCUCUGGACUGGCCGGUGUGAGACAUGUUGCCUCUCCACCCCUGUGCUGUUCUUCAGGAACUCGGUUAAGGACGGACUCAAGUGACCCCAGCAGAAAAGGACACUUCAGUUCAUGUUGUGUGACAAUCGAGUUGAAUGUUGCCAGCCUUGUUGGAAACAAAUUUCUUGUAACACGGCCGCUUUCUUAAUGUUAAAUGUCAGCUGAGCUCAGCUUUUGAAGUAUUUUAGUCAUAGUUGAGUGCAUUACAGACACAGUUCACUGGAUUUAUAGAGUAAUGUAAAUAUUGCUGAUCCAGCUGUAACACUUUAUUUUAAGAUGCCCCAAUUCAGCAGUUAUAACUUGUACAUAAACAUAGAAUAAAUGGUUUGUAACAGACUAUAAUGUAAUUGUGAGCAGAUAUCAGUGUUCUGAAUGUAUUUAUCAACAACUAUAGCUCAUCCUGUGUACACCCACAAGUUCACGCUGGAGUAUAAACUAAACAACAAUACAGUAAAGCACAUUUGUAAUAUAAAAUACGUCUUGUUUGGAAAAAUUUUAAUUGCUGACAAAACCUACAUUAUACUGUGUUACAAACCAUUUAUUAAAUGCAUGCAUAAUAGUGCUUAUAAAUAUGAAAUUACAACUUAACAACAAGGCGUAAAAGGUUUUGAAGUUGUUGUUGAAUGAUCUAAUUACUGGUUCAUACAUAUGUAAAUACAUGCUGGUACAAUGCAGUUUAAAUGUAAAUACAAGCAUUUGCAUUGUAUGUUACCGGUGACCUAACCACACCUUAACAGUCUGUUUGUUUGUAUUUGUAAGAUAUAAUAAGAAUAAACUAAUAAGAAUAAAAGUUAUAUAUAAAUAAGCAAGACAAUAGAAAAUUUUAAGAUUUAAAUCAUUCUUAUAUCAUUUUAGGAUGUAAUCUUUUGCAGAUGCUGCAUUUUGCUUUUCCAUGCUAUUUCUGUUCAGUGAUAUUAAAGUCUCAAUUAUGCUGAAAAACUGUAAUGAUGUGUAUGUCAUUUGAAUGUAUAAAAGAAGAGUAA